GUCGAAUUCAAUCAGACAGAUAAAUCGGAAUCCAACCGGACUGAUAUUGAGGCUCUGAUGCGGUUGCUACUGACCACAGUCUCAGAUCCGACCGACAAGCGCAAGAAGGUUGCUCAUCAGUAUUUCCUAUUCGCCGUGGAUCAUUGUUUCGCGGUGACUGGCCAGGGUACAGUCAUGACCGGAACCGUUCUGGCCGGGACUACACGAGUUGGUGACGUGAGUUUAUCCCCUUUGUCUAGUUUCUUUUUUUCGCGAAAACACUUUUUGUCACCCUUAGGUGAUCGUUUAGUCGAUUAA